AUGAAUUUCUGUUUUAAAUGGCCUCCGGGAAGCAGUUCUACUCCAAAGCGACCAGUUUUGCCUCACUUUGUAACAGAAGGUAAUCUAACCAGGUGCGGUUCUAUGCCUCCAAACAUCCAGCGCAGCGAGAGCGUCCAUCUGCUUGGGGCUGACCCGCACGUCUUCAAUCCUAUAAGCCUGACACCUUCCACGCCCACCUCACGGCGCCACGCCCUUCGCCCCGACAAAGACCGCCGCGGCGAAAUCAAGAAGCUUUGCGCACGUGUUGCCCGCGGGGUUCCUGGGGACGUUGUGGCUGAGAGGGUUGAGGAGUUGAGGGCGGUUUUAGCCAGGCUGACGUUGGGACGAAAGCUGAGACUGGUUUUCGUGGGGAUCGUAUCUGUGUGUCCUGGUGCACCACACGACUUAAAUUAUGCGAUUGCCGGAGAGUAUGACUUAAGGUCUGAAGAGGGAAUAUUGCAGAGAAAAGAUUUCAAGAGGCUGGUUGCACUCGGUUACAAUGAAGACUUUUCUACUGGUUUGCAUCGUGGCUGUUGCAGUGGCCAGGCAAGGGCAAUAUCAAAGACACAGAUUCACUUUAUACACUUCAUUACACCCUGGAAUGCUGCUAAUUUUGUGCUCCAUAUCAAAACUAAGACAGGCCCACCGGUGAUCAAGGAGCACCCGAGCAGCUUGGCGGCGCGGCGCAACGACCCCGCCACCCUCAACUGCGCCGCCUCCGGAGCCAGCCGCAUCCGCUGGUACCGCGACGGCGAGGAGGUGACGACGGCGGCGGAGGACCCGCGCUCCCACCGCGUCCUCCUGCCCUCGGGCUCGCUGUUCUUCCUGCGCGUGGCCACCUCCAAGAGGGAUAGCGACGCCGGAACCUACUGGUGCGUGGCCUCCAACAUCCACGGCGCCACGCGCUCCCACAACGCCACCCUCACCGUGGCCACGCUCGCCUACGACUUCCAGAGCCAGACCGACCCCGUGGUGAGGGCGCGCGUCGGUGACUCUCUGGCCCUGCCAUGCCGCCCGCCCAAGGGCUCUCCGCCCCCCGAAGUCACCUGGCUCAGGGACUCCCACGAGGUCACCAACUCCAGCCGGAUCUCCGUGACACAGGCGGGCGAUCUUGUCAUCAGUCAGGCCGUCGAGGAGGACUCGGCCUCCUACGUGUGUCGCGCCCGCAACGCCGCGGGCGCCCGGGAGUCAACGCCCACCAAGCUCACCAUAAUGACGCCGCCCUGGUUCGAGGAGCGUCCGGCGAACGUGACCGUCGCGUCGGGCGUGGUGGUGGAGCUGGCGUGCCGUGCCCGAGGCUCGCCCACGCCCACGGUCACCUGGCGGCGUCUCGACGGCAAGAUGCCGCUCGGCCGCACUAUGAUCGAGGACCAGCGGCUGGUGCUGGACCACGUGGCGGCUGCCGACUCCGGCGUGUACGUGUGCGAGGUGGAGAGCGAGGCAGGGAUUGCCGCGGCCAGGGCAACUCUCACAGUGAUCGACGCCCCCGAGUUCGCUCAGCGGCCGCAGAAUAUUCAGGUGGUGGCUGGCCAGAGCGCCAGGCUCUCGUGCAAGGUCGAGGGCGACCCCAAGCCUCUCCUGCUGUGGCGGCUUCCCACCCAGGACAGGACUGCCCUGCUCGCCGCGGGACAAAGCAGCGGCCACGCCUCCGUCGCCGACCAAGGCCAGACUCUCCUGCUCAAUGACGUCACCACACUUGAAACCGGAACCUAUUCCUGCUGGGGCGUCAGCAGCGGCGGUGGCGUCAGUGCUCAUUCAGAGGUAGUCGUUGUAAAGGCAUACCCUCCACCUGUGGUAGGCAUAGGACCACAGGAUCUUAAAGUGUCUCCCGGCGUGAACGUCGUGUUCCCUUGCGAGGCAGUGAGUGAGGCAACCCAAGUGUCAAUAUCGUGGUGGCACCAGCCUACAGCCUCUCAUCCAGUUCGGCAUCUUUCUAAAGGCAGUAAAAGUGGCAGAGUUUCUAUUCUCGUUAACGGUGCACUUGUGAUCAGGGACGUUCGCGUCAGUGAUGCAGGAACUUAUAGAUGCCACAUCAGCGCUAGCACGGGUUCCAUAAAGAGAUCAGCAGUACUGCAAGUAGUAGAAGCAGCCGAAGAAUACCGCCCCUUCCUGCUGCCGGCGCCGCCGUCCAAGCCUCGCCUCGUGGCCGUCAACCAGACUGCUGUGCAUCUGAGCUGGCUGCCCAACUCCCAGAUGGGCGGAGGUUCCGAUCAGACGUACACGGUGGAGUUCUGGCGCCAGGGCUGGGAAGAGUGGCGGGUAGCGGACGCCCUCAUCUCGCAGGAGUCGUGUGUGGUGGGCGGGCUGACGCCUGGCCACACCUACACCUUCCUGGUCCGUGCCGUCGACUCGCGAGGGGCGUCGUUCCCGAGUCCCUGGUCCGACCCGGUCACGACCCGCUCUCCUCGCGACCCGAGUCUCACGGAGGAGGAGGUCCGUCACGUCCGCCGCCGCCUCUCGCGCCUCGCCGUCACGCUCACUGACGCCACAGUCACCACCCCCGACAGCGUCCUUCUCGGCUGGGAGUUCCUCGCGCUGGCGGACGAGGCCGUCGAGGGAGUGCUGGUGUACGCCGUCAGCGACUCGGGCGCCGUGCAGGUGGCCACCGUGUUUGGCUCAUCGACUUCUCACCUUAUGCAAGGUCUCCAGGCCAAUACUCCUUACAUCUUCUUCAUUGUCCCCUUCUGGCGCAGCAUCGAAGGCACACCAUCUAACUCAUAUUCGCUGCAAACCCCGCAAGAUGUGCCAUCAGUCGCUCCCACUGACGUACGCGUUACGCCACUCGAGGAAGGAUCUGUGCUCAUCACGUGGUCGUCGUUGGAGCCGGAAAAAGCCAGAGGAGAGAUCGUUGGUUACCAGGUCAUCAUAAGUCACAAUACUACAUAUACGACAGAAACCGUCGUUAAUCCGUGGUUAGACGCUAUUGGCUUAGUUCCAGGUCAGCUAUACACUAUCCGCGUAUCUGCUGUAACGAAAGUAGGCCCCGGUCCCUUCACCGCGCCUUUGUUGGUGGAUAUUGGACCCUCGCAAGUCGACUCUCACCCACAACAGGAAAGCGAUGUCGCAGGCACUAACUUUCAGGAACCAGAAAGACCCAAGUGGUUAAUAGUUCUUCAUAUUAUAACACCCAUCGUACUGCUGAUGUCUUUAGCAACUUUGUUGUACGUACGAAAACUGAAUGAUAAGCCAGUGACCUCACCUGCACCGAAGUCUUCCCUGCUGUAUCAAGUCCCAGAAUGUCUCUUCUCGUCGCAGCACCCCGAGUCUGCAAGCACAUGCAGCGAGAACAUGAUUUUAGCGCCUAACAAGAGCCAGUUUUCGAGUGCCUCGUCUUCCCCGCUGCUGAGGUACCAUGAACGUGUGAAUGAAUAUGCAGAGCCGAGAUUCCAGAAGCCCAACGAGAACACUGAACCCUACGCCACAACGACCUUGUUAGUACCAGCGUCGCCUUAUCCGAAUCCAAAAUACUGGUCCAGGAACACAGAAACGUCUUCCACCAGUACCUACCACUGGUCCGUAUCCCUCCCCUCGUCUCACACUCGGUCCUUCACGCCGCAGAGCAUAGAUUAUCACUGUUCAUCUGUUCGUUAUCGAUAUCCCUUCGGAGCCAUUAAGAUGGCUCUACCAAAUACCCUUAUCUUUCGACGACCCAAUUUAACCUCUCCUCCUUAUCAAGAAACACAUCCUACAGCCCCGCGAGUGCCCUUAAACCAUCAGACCGGUACAGCAACAGGUGUGCGGGUCAUAAGAAUAUAG